AGCCAGCAGGAGCUGCCGAUACCUCCCCUGCCUUGCCGCGCCAGGACUAAUGUCAUGUUCCUCAAGACCCACAAGACGGCCAGCAGCACCAUCCUGAACGUCAUGUUCAGGUUUGCAGAGAGGUACAACCUCACUGUCGCCCUCCCAGCUGGCCAGCUCUUCCACCUGGGCUACCCAGAGACCUUCCUGACCAGCUUCGUGGAGGAAUUUCAAGCCAUAGGGCAAAAAAACUACAACAUCAUGUGCAACCACCUGCGGUUUAAAUCCUCAGAGGUGCAAAAGGUGAUGCCAGCAGACACCUUCUACUUCUCCAUCCUGAGGAACCCCAUUCCUCUGAUGGAGUCUUCCUAUGUCUACUACAAGGACGCUGUCCCUGCCUUCAGGAUCUCCAAGGAUGUGAAUGAGUUCCUGGCAUCACCCAUGAAGUAUUACCGUCAGGUGGAUUAUAAGUGGAACAUCUACGCCAGGAAUAUCAUGUGGUUUGACUUUGGCUAUGAUAACAAUGCCAAGGACAGCAAAAGUUACAUCCAGAAGGUCUUGAAGGAGAUUGAGCAGAACUUCCACCUGAUCUUGAUAGCAGACUACUUUGAUGAGUCCAUGAUCCUCUUGAAGCAUGUGUUGUGCUGGGAUCUGGAUGAUGUGAUUUACUUUAAGCUCAAUUCCAGAAGCCAGGACACUGUCCAGACCUUGACUUCGGAAAGCAGGGAGCAGAUCAAAGUGUGGUGCUCGCUGGACUGGGAGCUCUACCUGCACUUCAACCAGACCUUCUGGAGGACGAUUGAGGAGACCAUAGGACUUGAGGACCUGGAGAAGGAGGUGAAUCACCUGCGAACGAGACAGGAGGAGCUCAUGGAGACCUGUCUCUCGGACCGGGAGGCGGUGGGGAAGGAUCACAUCAAGAACAAAGCUCUCCUGCCUUUCCAGUCAGGGGCUGCAAAUAUACUGGGAUACAACCUCAAACAAGACUUGGACAACAGGACUCUGAGAACCUGCCAGAGAAUGGUUAUACCAGAGCUCCAGUACAUGUCCUAUCUGUACACUGUUCAACACCCACACAAGAAGAGGAAGCAGAUAGGCUUGCCCUUGCCGUGGAUCAGUUUCCAAGAGCAGACGCAGCCCCCAACUCCCAACUAG